CUGCUUCAUUCCCUCGUCCAGUGCGAGGCAGAGCAGGCGGGUGGGCACACGCUCGCCUCCAUCACCCUGGCACUCAUGGCACCCGUGGCACCCCUCCCUCAACACUUCCCUCACACUCAGCUUUUCUGACGCAUCGCAAGCAGCUGGGUCUUCACCCUCUUAAUACACCCACUUGCUUGUAGCAGUGUGGAGACACCAGGUUGUGUGUGCCGCCUCCUAGGAUCACCUUCCUGUCUUCAACACCUUUUAUUUACAUGAUUGUGCAGAGUAUUUACAUCAAAGUGAAGUACUUAUGUUAAUAUACGAGAACAAAAUAGCAUAAAAUAAGUGUAGUUUAUGUAAUUGCAAGUUGAAAAAAAAUGAGAGUUUUGGUGUGGAGAACUUAAUAGAAUAUACUCUAUUAUAAUAUAUUAGGUGACAUACUAUUAUAUUUUUAAAUUACCAGAUGUUGAUGAGUAAAACGGAAUUACCAUUUUUUUACUUUAAUUAUUUUUUUUGAAAUAUUUAUGGAAAGGCUUGUCACUCAAAGAAAAUAUCCUUUAAGUCGUAGAUCAAUGAAAAUCAAGUCUUUUCCUACAUUAGGAAGUUGUGUAACAAGUGGCGGUGAUGGAGGGGACUGUAUUAUGGUGACCUCCAGACCGGUAGUGGUCUUGCUAGUCACAACAACAAAUAACCUUUCUAGGAUCUUGUGUGUUUGUGACUGGCAUAAUGUGCAGACAUCUUACAACGCCGCCCUUCAUAUAUAUCUUGUCUUGUAACUGCGGCCAGGACUAACACACAUCUGCAGGACACACACCUGCGGUGGCGCUGUCAAAUACAGCUGCAACAGUAUCAGCAGAAGGUGGCUGUGUCUCCCCUAACAUCGCUCAGGACCAAUGAGCGUGAAGAAUGUUGUUGUGUGGGCGUGGCAUCGUGUGGGUGGUCAUUGUGGUGGUCCUGGUGGGUGGAGUGACCCACCGCCCACUGCGGGUGCGGGCGGUGACCACCUCGCAGCUGCAGGCGCGGGCGGUGACCACCUCGCAGCAAAUGGACACCGUCGACAUGAAGGAGAGAGCUCUGAAGGAGGCGUCCCAGCUGACCACUGGCAACCUGGGCACCAUCUGCAUGGCUGAGCCUUACUACAGGUUCGUCCAGGCUCCGCUGCAGGUGCCACGGUUCGACUCUGCCCGCCAGAAGGCUGACCUCCUGGUGAGGAUUCUCAUGGACCUCACACGACAAAACCAAGAAGUCUUCCGUACAGAGCUGCUGAAGUUGAUGAUGCAGAACCUGCUGAAGUCAGACGAGGUGAUCAGUAAGGCCAGGGUUCUUCUGCACGACGCUCCAUCUCUCCAUCUCAUCUCCAGUCAACGUCGACUAUCAACGUAUCCGCCCACUGACCCUCUACCUAAAGUCGAAGUCUCCAAGCCCAAGCUGUCAGACGUGAUCAGCCAGCCGUGGUACGAGGACAGGAGCAACAGGUCGUGGGAACACAGGCUACAACAACAGAGGAAUCCUGGGUCGCUGGGUUUGUGGAGUUACCCUUACUUCGAGUGUCACAGCAAGCGCUGGUACCUCACGUACACGGCAGUCAUACCUCCCUCAGGCACACACAGCAGUAGUAACACUCCGGAUACAAGACAGUGUGUGUUCACGCCCGGGUACGGCUGGGUGAGAGGAGGAUAUAAGUGCGAGUGCAGAAAGGGCUACUUUCCCAGGAACAAUGGUACUUUUAAUGGUACCCUUGUUGAAAUGGCGUGGGAGAGUAUAAGGUAUAACAAGAAUCCCAUCUACCAAAUGUAUGUGUGUCGGCGGUGUCCUGAAGACUGCCCAGAGUGUAAGUCAGACGAGCCCUGCAACGCUACUUACAACUGGACCUUCCGAAUCGUGUUGCUCACUAUCUCAAGCCUGUGUAUACUGUUCACGAUAGUGUUGAUGGGACUCGUAUACCACUACCGCAGCGUCAAGGUAUUUCGUCUGGCCUCACCCACCUUCCUCUGUAUUUGUCUUAUUGGCUGCAUCAUCAUGUAUCUUGAAAUGGCUGCCAUCUUCCCUGUGCUGGACACUUACUCCUGCGUCGCCACCAAGUGGACUCGACACUUAGGCUUUUGCAUCACGUUUUCUUCUUUACUGAUGAAGACCUGGAGGGUGUGUUUCAGUGUUCGGAAAGCAGAGAGCUUCUUCGACGAAGCCAAGUACAUCUCUUGGGCCGGGUACAACAUUGCUCUCGUCAACAUAGUGAUGGUGACCUUCCAUCUGCUCAUCUUCCCCAAGGCUGGCCCAGAUAUCAAGUACCUGUUUGGCUUCCUGAGGACGCAGCUUAGUACUUCGACCACAGUCUUGUUCAUCUUCGGGCCUAAGUUCAACAGGAUCGUGCAAGGCACGGGGGACCAAUAUGACAACCGGGCGAGAGCAAAGGGUGUCACUGCCAGCUUCUCCCUCAACGGCCUCGGUGUUAUGAACGACGAACCCGCGGACCUCUCCCAGGAGAACGAGGAACUUAAGGAGGAGAUCCAGAAACUGGCGGCUCAGAUGGAGUUCAUGAAGAUUGUUCACAUGGAGAUGAACAACCGCCACCUCAAACCCAAGCCAGGCGGCUAUUUCAGCGAGAAGAACUCGGUGAUAAACACAGCUCAGUCGCCAGGAGCCAAGAACCUGCCACCGCCGGUGCAGGCAGCCAAGGUUUCCGACGCCAGCAAUGAGAACUCCUCGGCCAGACUCUCUCCCGCGGCCGAGCUCGCCUCUGAGAGAGUCUGACUAGUUGCUCAGAGUGAAGAAGUAUGGUUGUGAGUAGCGUCAACGCACAAAAUAAUUUUUUUUUGUAUUUUAUACCCGUCUCAAAAUUAAUAAAUGACAAUAAUCAUUCUUAACACAGGGGAGAGUGGAAUGUUGGUUCAUGGUAAGUUGGAAAGUUUUUCAGUGUAAGAUGGA